GUUAAGAAAAGAAUUUAUUCGGGAAGUACGUAGAGACGUAAUCCAAGUGAAAAAUAAAUCUCUUCAUCUAAUUUUAAUAUAGUUAAGUGUUAUUAUCAAGUGCAAUUUACAUGGAUAAUAUUUUAAUUAGUCUGUAAUUCGUGUGAUCAAGAUGAUAAUUGAAAACCCGGACGCCUUUAAAUCAUGGCUGACUUCCAUAUUGGAGCCUCUAUGCGACGCGGACCCCGCUGCGCUCGCCAAGUAUGUGUACGCGCUGGUGAAGAAGGACAAGCCGCUGGACGAGCUGCGGGACGGCAUGCUGGACCAGCUGGACGUGUUCCUGCAGCAAGAAACGAAACCGUUCGUGGACAUGCUGUUCAAAGCUCUGGAGAAUAACGAGUACGUCAAGUUGAUGGAGAAGGGACAGCCUUCUCCGCAGCCCGAACAGGACAUGGAGAAGGAACAGCCAGCUGAACUGGAAAAUCAUGUGGGUACCGGUUUGGGUUCGGGCUUGGGUUUGGGUGUCGGCGCGGAGUCCCCGCGCUCGGGCGUGCCGCGCGCGCGCUCGCCGCACGCGGGCGCGGCGCCGCGACACCGCCUGGUGCUGUGCCGCGCCGCCGCCGCCCCCGGCUCCGCGCCACCACCACCACCACCACCACUGCACCCGCCGCAGAGGGAACAUACACUUAUUAAGGUGUUACCGUUGACCGAACUAUUGGAAGAACCAGUGGAUCAGCCGCCUAGAAGGCGGGAUCGUAGAGAAAACAUGCGCGAGGAUCGUCGCCGGCGCCGCUCGCGCUCGUGGGAGCGGCGUGCGCGCGCGCGGAGACACGUGCGCGACGUGCGGGACGUGCGCGACGUGCGCGACGUGCGCGAGCCCGACGACCGCCGACGACCAACCUCUAGAUCACCAUCUCCCCGCGGUCGCUUCAGGAAUCGUAGUCCACCAGCAGUUCUAGACAGGCCUAACACGAGAUCUAGAUCCAGAUCACCGGUGCCCGUGCGAGAGAGAGAGCGCGAGCUAGAGCGGGACAGGCUGCGGCCGCGCGAACUAGAGAGGGACAGAAUGUCGCGCGACAGAGAACACAGGGACAGAGCGUCCAGAUCGAGAGACAGGGAACGGUCACGUGAUCGCUCGCACUCCAUGUCGCCUGCGCGUGCGCGCGAGCCCGACCACUACAAGCGCCGCUGCCGAGACUUUGACGAAAAGGGGUACUGCAUGCGGGGAGACCUUUGCCAGUGGGACCACGGCGCCGACCCUGUAGUGCUAGAAGAUGCUGCCUUGACGUCUGUGCUCGCCAUGCCCCCUGUAGUACCAGAAUACAAUCCCCUGACGCCGGACAUCUGGUGCAACGCGGGGCCGGGCGCCUACCCGCCCUACCCGCCGCCCGCGCUACCGCCGAGGGAGCUCAUACCCAUACCCAGAUUGCACUUGGCGCCGACCGGGCCUCCGCCGGGCGCCGCGCGGCCGCCGGGCGCGGGGGCGGGCGCGGGGGCGGGGGCGGGCGCGGGGGGCGCGGCGCCCAACAAGAAGAUCUUCGACUAUAACCGCCUAGGCGGGAGGAUGCCACCGCGAGUGCAGAAUUCUGGUGCGAACUGCUCAUUAGAAGUGAAGAAGGUGCCCCGAGGGCUCAACGACAUCACGCAUCUGAACAACCACUUUGGAAAGUUCGGCAAAAUUGUCAACAUACAGGUGUGCUUCGAAGGUGAUCCAGAGGGCGCUCUUAUAACGUUCUCAAACCACACGGAGGCCAACGUGGCGUACAAGAGCACGGAGGCUGUCCUCAACAACAGAUUCAUCAAGGUGUUCUGGCACAACCCUGAGAACAAACAAGAGAACCCGACGCCCGCCGGACAACAGAAGCCCGCCAACAAACAACAGCCAACUUCACACAACAAAGUGCUCAUCAACAAGGAGAAUAUGAAAGCCACCGCCGACAACAAGCAGGCAGCGGCCGCCGCUGAAAAGGCGAAAGAAGCGGUCGCCAUGGCCAACGGAGCCGAGAAAAAGAAAGAGGCGCUUAAACCAAUAGAAAAAAGUAAACAAGUGAUGGAAAUGCACAAACGCGCCCAGGCGUUGUUGGAAACGCAGUUGCAACAGCAAGUUUUACUGAUUCAGCGGUUAGAAGGAGGCAACGUGACCGGGCCACAGAGGGCAGCACUGAUGGAGGCCAUCAACUCGGCCCAAGAAGGCAUUGAGAAACUACGGAAGGAGCUUGUGGCGUACAACAGGACGCUCAGACAGAUGCAGGAAGAGACGGUCGCGCGCUCCCUGUCGCGGCUGCAACUGGCUCAGGCGAACGCUAAGAAACCAAAGUCAAGAGAAGAGGCACAGAAGGAGAUCCUAGACGCAGAGUUAGAUAUGUUCACCAAACAGCAGGAGGGGCAGGACGUGACUGACAUACAAAAGAAGAUCGCGGAGCUGCGCCGACAGAUGGCGCUGCAGUUCCCCACACACCCCGCCAUGCGCCGCCCCCACCCCAGGGGCGGCCGUUUCAACAGCGCAUCUCGCUACACCCGCGCGCCGCCAGCCUUCGUUAACCACAACCAGUCCGUCGACCAUCGGCCUAGGGCGCUCCUGAUCAGCGGCUUCGAGAGUGAUGAUUCUGAGGCCCUGACUCAGCAUUUUGCGCAAUUCGGCGAGAUCGUCUCCAAAGAGCUGAACCCGACCGUGCCCGAGCUGGUGCUAGUGUACGCUGCGCGCGCGCACGCCGAGUUAGCCGCGCAGCAGGGCCGCCACUACAACGACCGGACACUCACGAUCACUUGGGUGGCCAACCCGAAGACGUUCGCGGCGCCCGCUCCCCCCGCUCCCCCCGCCCCCCCCGCGCGCGCCCCCGAGCCCGCGCCCCCCGCGCACCCACAGCCGGAGGCGGAUAAUGGACACGAGCAAUCUGUCGGCGCGACGGUGGACUCGCUGCUGCGCUUCGACGACGAGGAGGAGGAGGACGCGGACCGCUCCUGGAGACGUUGACCCCGAGCCGGCUGGCAGCCAGCCAGGACACUCUAGUCUAGCCCCGCAUCUACAUCUAGCCCUAACCUAGCCAUACACUACAGUAAGACCAACGUACAGUUUGAUUCACGAGACCUGACACGAAUGGUAUGAACGAAACUUUCAUUAUAUGAGUGACACCUGUAUCGGUAUACAAUCAGAACCACCAUUUUAUUGGUUAAUGUCAUGACAGAUACUUUCAUUCACUCAUUAAUUCCAUUAGUGUUAGCUCUUGUGAAUCGACCACAUCUAUCCGAAACUAAUGUAAGACCGACAAUGUCAACAAUCUACAACACUACUCUAGCCUUCCACCACUAAACUAUAUAAAGUAAUGCCAAUGAAACCGGACUAAAAUGUAGACAAACAAACAGACCGCUCCUGGAGACGUUGAGCCGGCUGGCGCCCAGCCAGGACACUAGUCUAGCCCUACAUGUAGAUCUAGCCCAAACCUAGCAAUAGACUACAGUAAGACCAACGUAACAACACCAUUAGUGAGUUACAAUGCGAUCAGCGCUCUACUCUAGCCCUACCUUGGAUAUUUAACCAAAACUAAACCAUAUAACGCAGUCGCACUAGUGACCGACAGGAACCUAUAACCGACACUUUUAUUUUUAUUUACUUGUAUAAAAAAUAAAAGUGUCGGUUAUAGGUCCCGUUUGGUCGAUGGUGCCACUAUGUUACUAAAGUAAGGCCAACGGAAUGGUAUAAAAAUGUAAUCAAUCCGAGCGGUCGCUCUUGGAGACGUUGACCCCGAACCGGCUGGCAAGCCACUCUAGUCUAGCCCUACAUAUAGCCCUAACUAAACUGUAAGACCAUCGUAACAAAAUCUAACCAUUAGGGAAUUACACCACCAACUAACGCUCUAACCCUACACUAACUGAACACAGUUUAAACCAUAGCCGUACCGCGAGUUGACACUUGACGCCUCAGCCACGACAUUGCUCGACGGGCUACAGUGGCGGCGGCAACCUAGGUGUGAGCGAAAGGUUCGAUCGCUACUGUUCACGACGUCAAAUUCUCACGGAAGAAAUAAUUCAUUAUGUUACAGGAGAUAAACGUGCCCUGAUCAAGAAUAAAGACAUGCUCGUUCACUGAAAAGAUCUCUCCCAACUAGUACAAUCUCACAACUGUACUAGUUCGGUCUUUUAGUACAGUAGUACACAGAGAGUCAACGUUUAGUUUUAGUUCGGUCGGAUGAGUCGGAUCACUCUGAUCGCUUUGCUGUGAUUGUCACUCCACGGUCCUCGCUCCCAUUCUGUUUCGUUCGCGUGUAGUGUACUUAAACGUACUAAGAGCAGUAUCAUUAGGGAAUCGUUCGGUCUAGUACAGUGGAGGGAAAUGUGUCUUUUUGACUUUAGUACAUGUACUACACAAGCCUAAUUGAGAGAAAUCUAAACUAAAAUCUACAUUCGUUUUCAACUAAUAAAAAUAGUUUUCAAUGAAUAUUACAAAUCGUAACCAAAAAAACACAUAACAAAUUUUAUAUUUCCAUCGAUGUAAAGUGAUCUGGAUUUUAAAUGAAAUACAAUUAUAUUAGAUUUAAUCAUAUUUAAAUCUGGCCAUUUUGAUUUAGAUGAAGGUACCAAAUAGGUUACCAAUAGGUAUGGAAGAAAUACUAAAAGCAUUAUUUGCAUUUAAAAAAAAUGGUUUCUACCCGCGACAAUCAUACUGAACAGGUUCAGUCAUAGUAAAUAACAAUAAAUAUGUAUAUGUAUAAAUGACAAAAUCUUAUUCGCAUAUAACAAAUACCAUAACAAAAGCAAUAUAAUAUACAAUGAACUUUUUUAAAGAUAAAUUUAUGUGUUGUAAUAUUACAUGCCAUUGCAAAAACUAUUAGUAUCGCAGAUUACCAAAUAACAAUUAAAAUUACACAACACAUCCUCUUAAGUCCUAAAAUUACGAUUAUACAGUCAAAGAUUUGAAUUUUCUACCCAAUCUGUACACAAGUGUAAUAAUAUGGGUGCACUCAUCAUACUCAAUAUGUCCCAUAGCUCUUAUGCCAGCGAAUUAAGAACUAUGGGACAUUUUUGAGUAAGCUGUAUGCACCCAUAUUUUUACACUUGACUGUACUUUGUCUCUGUGACAAGGUACGAAAUGGGUCGGAAAUUCAAUUAUUUGACUGUAUCUUGCCCUUUUCUGUUUCUUGCCAAAUCUGAAUGGAACAAAAUAUACGGCGCGCCGCGCGAAACUUGCGACGAAAGGUAUGGAUGGCGAUUGCGUGGCUUUUAACGUUAUAUCUCAAAGUUAACUUAUGAUUUAAAUUUUGCACGUCAGAUCCGUCGGCUGUGUCUAGUGAAUGCACUCCCGACUCGGGAUUACAAAUUCGAGAUCCCGCGGGAUUACAGUUAUCAAUCCCGCGGGAUCCCGGAGUUUUGGGGAUCCCGAGUAUAUUAAAAAAAAAAAGUAAAAUUCGAUUGAAUUAAAACGAUAAUAACGGCAUGUUUGUGAUGGUGACGUUAAUUAAAAUAACAUAUUAAUAGACAGAAAUAAAAACCUUUAUUCUUUAAUAUUAUUAACUAAAUCAUCAUCAGUUUUCCUUGGAAAUUAACAAAGGUAAUCAAAACAAUAAGUAUAACUGUAAUAUGAAUCAAAACAAUAAAGAAUUAGAGAGUAUUACGGGUGAUUUUGAAAGUGAUUUCUUAAAAAACAAAGGGUGUACCCAGCUGCUGAGAAUGCCCUCUCCGACUCAACACUGGUUGGCAACAGCGUGGCGAAGCAAUUAUAUGCAAACUGCAAAAAUCUCCCCCUUGUUCCUCCACACUCAAAUAAAUCCAUUUCCUUUUUUAUGACAGACUCUAAUCUGUGUAAGCUCGUGGAUACACGUGGCUUUUAGAUGCUCGCAGAGUUUGUUCUCAUUCCUCUUUAAGUGACAUAUUAGUUUGUACAGCAGUAGCACGUAAAUUCAAAUCUUCUGCAAUCAUUGAAAGAAGCAAGUCAUCUUCGUUUAAUACUGCCGCCCAAUCCCGUCAAUCCCGAACGGGAUCCCGUCAUAUUAUGCGUCGGGAUUGAUCCCGAAAAAUUACACGGGAUCUCGCGAGAUCGGGAUCCCGCGGGAUCGGGAUUGCAUUCCCUAGCUGUGUCACUAGCUAUUUUAUACGAAAAUUAUACUGCUAUAGUAUGCAGGGUAUCAUUUUACGGUUUUUCUUAGUCUGACCUCGGAAAUAUGGUCCGGUUUCAGUGAUUAUUUAUGGCAUUUAUCCUUCAUUAAAACGUGUAAAAAUUCAAUAUAAAUACUGCCUUUUUGCGUUCCCCCCCCUCAGAGACUGGCCCAAAUUGGCUGUGUAUUGUGUAACUAGAAACUAUACAAACACCAAUAUGGAAGCAAUAUAGUACAUUUUUAUGCUUUUUCAUAUUCAUAUACACUUUACAUGAGUAUUUACUAUUAUAUCUGGCGCAUUAUGUAAUAAAAGUUUUCUAAGCAAACAUUACUAGGCAAGGACUGUAAAAAGGAGCAAAAAAUAAAACUACAGAAACCGGCUGAAUCCGCCUCCACUCCACAAUUAAGCUAUUUCCUCAAUCUGUGGAAAAAAAAGUCCACCGCCGCGUCAGUUUCUCUGUAUUUUCGCGAUAAACUCAAAAACUACAGAACAGGUUUACACUUAUCAAUAGUGAUUUUUGAGGAAGGUUUAGGUAAAUUUGUUAAGGUUUUCUGUAAAUCCGUGCGAACCGGGGCGGGUAAGUGACACAAAAAGUUAGGCGUGAAGUAAAUCAACUAGAAAAAUCGGUUCCAAGAUCUUUAUAUCUCAAAAUAAUUAGUGUUUUUUUCACAAUUUACUCGUAUGUAAAACUUACAAAACUAAAUAUUUUAGUACAUUUGCCACAGAUAAUGAAAUACAGGUUUAAUAGAAAAAAAUUCCGACUAUUCAUACAUAGCUGUUUGCAGUGUAAUAAAACCGAAAAUCAAAUUAAUAACACAAAAAUCUGGUUACUAUAAUAACCUAAAGCCCUGCCUUACCAAUGACUUAUUCUGCGUAACUUACUUUCUCACGCUCGCACUAAUAUGCCAAGUACGCGCGAGAUAAAAAGUAAGUUAGGCACACGCUAGCGAAUAUGUCAGGGGCAAACUCGUGGUAAGGCUACUUAUGCCUUAUUUCACAGUCCAUAUAACACACUAGACAUACGCGUACAUGUAACUAUAAGAUUAUCCUUUAAAAGUACAAAUUUAAUGAAACGAAUACUAUCGGUUCUUUUAGUAUACUAAUUCGGUUUGAAGUGAGCUAGUUUAUUUAUUAUUAUUACGUCUUAUGUAAUUCUCAUUGUUUAAGUUUAAAACUGCAAGCCCAAGUUUACCCUUUUCGACUCAACUAUAAUGACUUCUUACGAAACGCUUUAGUCAACUGUAAUGAAUUCGACCAAUCACGUGUCGCAAAAAGAUAGAACAAAAGACUAUUUUACGUGUAAGAAGUGCGUUGAUGUCUUUUGUACUAUCUUUUUUAUCGAGAUACUUACCUAAUUUUGUUUAAUUCGGUUUUUUUUUAUAGUAAAAAAAAUAUUAAUUUAGUCUAGAAAAAGUAUUGUAUACAAUAGUGAUAUAAUCAAGCUUUUCAACAUAGUACCUUACUUAGGCCACUCAGCAAUCUUCGUGGCGUAAACACGGUACUCUACUGAAAAGCUCUCUAUUAUGUCACGAUUGUAUAAACUACUAUAGCUUAAUAAUAAAUUGAAACGCUCAAGUCAAAAUCGAAUUAGUAUAAUAAAUAGCCUUCAUAGCUUAAUGCCUUAUAUACAAGUACCAUAGAUUAAGCUUGAAAUAGUUCCUUAAAAGGCGAGAAUGGAAAUAUGAUUUAAUAAUAGCUUAAUAUUCGUGUUAUAUUAGGUACGUGAAGUUAUACUAUUUCCACUAGCACGAGUGUAGCUACGAAACGUCCCUCGCGAAAUACUUAUCCGAGAUAAAAUUCAAAGAGACGAAUUUGGCUAAUAAAAUGACAGUAUCUUUUGGUUUACUACAGUGCGAUAGAUACAACCUAUUUUACAGUACAUAUGGUGCUACUUUCUCGCACUAGUGCGUAAAAGAGCACUUUUCGUGCAUAUGUCGAAAGUUUAAAGGGCCAUAUGUACUGUAAAACGUUGUACGAUACACGUGCGGAUAGGUAAUUCCCAACUCGUGUCGAUUUAAGACACUCCCUGCGGUCGUGUUUUAAUUUAUCGCCACUCGUUUUGAAUUUCCUCUUUUCCGCACUUGUAUCGUAAAUAACUAUUGCCAUGAAAUGUUUUAUUAUACUUACGUUUCUUGACUUCUUCAGUCAGAUAGAAUGAAAUUUACACUAGGGUUUCUGCUCGCUCAAUUUUUUUCUAAACACACACACAAUAAAGACGUAAUAUAUUGGAAUUAUAUUUUCCCUUCUCAUGCUCUGAAAGAGUGACAUUGUUGUUCUAAAAAAUGUGCAGAAAGUGAUACGUUUCUGCACUAGAGCAUUUAACAAUCCAAGUACGAUUUUUUUAUUUUUACGACAAGCAAAUUUGAUUUUAAAUUGAUAUGUUAUACAAUUUCCAUUCUGAUAUUUAAUCUAGAAAAAAUUAAACUUGUCAUGUUUAAAAAACACAUGUAUUUAACUUUCCUCGUAUUCGAAAUGAAAAGUAGUGUUUAACUCUGGUGAAAAGCAUCAUUUGAGCCUCGUAUUAUUGGCGCUCUCACUGCGUUCGAACGCCAAACUACCUCGUUCUAAAUGACUGCCUUUCAUCCCUUGGUUAACAAUCUACUAUUUCACGGUGCCUCUUUUUUUCUUCAAUAUGGCACUUAUAAUUUAUAAUAAUUAAUUAAUUAUAAUAGUAUUAGUUCACACGGUCGUCUAAAACUACAAACUGUAUAUAUUACUUGUAAAUACAAUACGCCAUAGGCGUUUAGUCAUUUUGCUGUUUUUCGUUAAAUAUAAAGAAAAUUAUCGUAGAUAUUAGGAUUUUCGCAUUUUGCGUUUUUUUUUUUAAAACUAUUUAUCGAGGCUUUGCGUGUUGAAUUUGAUUUUCAUAAGCAAGUGUUUUUUUUUUAAAUAGAAAUACGGUCAACAACAAAAGUAGCUGAACAGGUAAUGCUCAAAAUUAUCUAUACACAACUUGAGAGUAAAAGCAUGUUUGAAUAAUUUUGACAACUUACUUUACAACUGACUUUUUUUGGAUAUUGUUUUAACACACGAUUGAUACAAGUUAUUUGGGGUAAUUGUGUCUAUGGGACUAAUCCGGUUUUCUUGCAAUUAUAAGUAGCUGGUACAGUGUCAGAUAUAUCAGAGCUUCCGUGAUGCUCAGAAAUAUCUGAACAGUGAACACGCUUCAUUAGGCGUUAAAUUGUUUUGUUUAUAUGGCCAUGGUAUUCGUAAGUAAUAAAGGCAGUUGUAUUGUGCCCUUUCCUUUCUAUAGUUUCGUUGGGAAAAUGCGUCUACAAUAUAUAGUUAGAUCAAGACAACUACAAAGAUUUUGAUAGCUUCGACUGUGUAAGUGUUAUUUAUGCGUCAUAAUUUCAUAGAAGUUUGUCGUUCAAAAUAACACUUGCGCAGUAUGGGCUAUCAAAGUCGCUGCAGACAGUGCAGACCUUUCUUGGUUUAACUUUUCCAUAUUCUUGUAAUUCUAAAGAAAGCGCAUUUGUCUUAUGGACGGAAUUACCUCAGUUGAACUAAUAUUAAUAUGAUUUUACUACAUCGGGCUAUGUCAAAAUUGAUUUUUUUGACAUUUGCCAUUUCAGUGUGAACAUUAGAAUAGAAUAGAAAUGUUACAUUUGUACCAUUAUUAUUUUUUAAUUGUUAAUUUGUCGUAACUUAGUAUUAGUAUUUUUCGGUAUAAUUAUGAUUAUCUGUUUCGCAAAUAGGUAACAUUGACAGAACUGUCAAAUAUCUAACAGGUCGAUUUAACAUACUUCAAAAUUGUAUAUAUUUUGUUGUGAUAUUUUUAAUGGACUUUUUGUAACAAUAUACAAGGAAAGGAUUUAAAAUGUAAUUUUUGUAGCUAUUGCAAAAGCUAAAAAAUUUUUGUUAACGAAUUAAGAAAAGUAUUGUAUAGUAAAAAUCUUCUCAAAAUAUUUUUAAGCCUAAGACCUUAAUCUGUUAAACUAAAGCCAUUGUUUCUUUGAUGCGACCGCGUGGACAUUGUGUCUGAGCGCGUGGCCAUUGUGUAUGUGGUCGUGGCACGCGCUCAGACACAAUGGCCUCGCGCUCACAUAAAAGAAACAAUGGUUUUAGUUUAACAGUUUAAGGUCUAAGGCGUAAAAAUCAUUUGAGAAGAUUCAUACUAUAGCUAUGUUUUUUAUUUCACGCGUCUCACUGCCACUUUAUAAGUGUGAGAGGGUCAGCCUCAUCUGUCCUUUCCAUGUGUAUUGUGUUCGCUUUUAUUUGUAACCUAGGAUAAUUAGUUAUACACCCUGUAUCUGACUUAAGCUGUAUAU